AUGAACCUGGAUGCUUUGUUCCAGCAAAUCCAGUUCACAGAGAAGCAGGCGAGGGAGAAGAGGCACUUCAUCCAGCAAGCUAAGUGUGACAUAAACAGGAGCUAUGAAAAAAUCAACCAAAUAAAAGAAGAGCUGAGCGCUGCAAAAGUUAACUUGGAAACCAAGGUUCAGCACUUGUCUGAAAAGCAGUUCUACUUAGAAAUUCUGAAGAAACAUGAAGAUAGCUUGGAGAAACAGAAAGCUGAACUUCUUAAUGAAAAAAGCAGUCUUCUGAAAGUCUUAACAGAUGCAAAGAGAAAGAUUGCUGAAGAGGAAGAUAAUUUUACCAGAGAAGUGACAGAGUUUAACAAUGAAUAUGGACUAACAAGUAAUAGGGAUCUUUUGAUUAAAAAAAAAGUCAAGACUGAAAUAAAGGAUUUAGAGAAUGAGGCAGCGCUGCUGAAAAAUGAAAUGGAGUCAAUGGAACAUAAAAAUGUUCAGUUAAAUGCACUCCAGCUGCAGAAGAAUGAGUUAAAGCAGGAUUUAUUUACUCUCCAAAGUGAACUCAAAGACCUUGAGAAAGCAAUCAGGGAGGCUGAAAGAAGGACAAAAGAUUUAGAAGCAGAAAAAGUCCAAGUCACUGAAAAACCUCAGACUGAUCCUGAAUGUUUAAGACUUAAAAAAGAAUUGGAAAAAUGCAAAGAUGAUAGCUGGGAAAGUGUCUGCGAGACUCUUCAGACAGAAAUUGAAAUUCUGCAAAUGAAUUUAUCACAAAAGAAGUCUUCAGGCAAGUGAAUAACAUGUCACAUGUGAUAUGGAGUGUCGCAGAAGCAAAUCUG